AUGGUAUAUUUAAUCCUAUGCUUCCUUUUGGGCUUCUUCAACUCUUCAUUGCUAUCCCUUUCUUUGCCUCUUCCUCCAUCACAUUUAUGUCGUCCCGAACAGAGUUCUGCAUUGCUGCAAUUCAAGAGCAACUUUUCCCUUUCAAUUAGUAAUUGUGGACAAGAAGUUCACAUUGUUUCUGUUCAUACGACGGAUUCUUGGGAUGAAGGUACUGACUGUUGCAAAUGGAAGGGUGUGGUGUGUGAUAACAAGAAAGGCAAUGUGAUCGGCCUUGAUCUCAGUUGUAGUGGACUAAUUGGUUCCCUCCAAUCAAACAGUUCCCUCUUCUCACUUCAAAACAUUCGAUGGCUCAACCUUGCCCGCAAUGACUUCGACAACUCUGAAAUCCCAUCUGAGUUUGGUAAGUUGAGGAGUCUAACUUAUCUCAAUCUCUCUGACACUGGACUCACUGGUCUUGUCCCACCUGAAAUCUCUCUUUUGUCAGAACUAGUGUCACUUGAUAUCAGUCUGAAUCCUCUUUUGUUUAGCAACCAUGAUUUUAACAUGCUUGUCCAUAACCUUACAAAAUUAGAAAAUAUGGUCCUUGACUAUAUGGAUUUGUCUCUGGUUGUACCUUAUUCUUUCCUUAACUUGACUGUCUCAUUAAAGCAUCUAAGUCUUUCUUACUGUUAUUUGCAAGGAAAUUUCCCAACCCAAGUUUUCCAUCUUUCAUAUCUUCAAAACAUCAAAUUAAGAUAUAAUAUAAACCUCAUUGGUUAUCUACCAGAAACAAAUUGGAGCAGUCCCCUUAGGUUAUUGGAUGUUUCAGAGACACGCUUUUCAAAAGGGUUAUCAGACUCAAUUGGUAACCUUAAACACUUGAAAACACUUAACCUUGAUAGUUGUGUUUUUAUGGGGCCAAUCCCUUCAACACUUGGAAACCUCACAAAAAUCACCUUCUUGGAUAUCUCAGGCAACAUAUUCCAAAGGAAAAUUCCUGAUGUUUUUGGGAACUUAAACGAUCUAAGUUUCAUGGAUUUUUCCUCUAACAAUUUCAGCGAUGUCUUCCCACCAUCAGCAUUUAACCUUACCAGCCUUACCUUCAUGGACUUCUCUUCCAAUUUCCUUCAGGGUACCCUUCCCAACAACAUAAGUGGACUUUCGUAUCCACGAGAACUCGACUUAAGUGCAAACUUGCUUAGUGGCAGAGUACCAGGUUGGUUGUUCAGUCUACCUUCUUUGGAGUAUCUAAAUCUCAGCUUUAACAAAGUUACUGGUCCCAUUGACCCAAUCCAAGAGCCUAAUCUGGUCCAACAAGUCUAUUUAUAUAAGAAUGAAAUACAGGGAACGAUUCCAAGUUCUUUCUUUGAACUCAUCAACCUUACUUCUCUUGACCUUUCAUCUAAUAACUUGAGUGGAAAUAUCAAGUCAUGCAUGCUUGUGAAGCUUAGGAAUCUAAGGUCGCUUGAUCUUUCAUUUAACAACUUACUAUCAUUAACUAGGUGUAGUAAUGAUGUAAAUUCUACCCUACCUAUGAUAAUUGACUUCCAUUUCUCUUUUUGCAACAUGAAACGUUUCCCAAGCUUCUUGAAUGCAUCCAAGCAGUUGAAAGUUUUAGAUCUUUCUAAUAACCAAAUUCAUGGUUCUAUUACAAAAUGGAAAGCCAAAGGAUGGGAGGGCUUGGACAUUUUGAACCUUUCUAUGAACUUCUUGACUACCAUAGAGCAAAUUCCAGGGAAGCAUCUGUCUAUUCUGGACCUUCGCUCCAAUUCACUUCAAGGACUACUUCCAACUCCACCACAGGAAUUGUAUUAUUUCUUAAUCUCAAACAAUGAGUUGGAUGGAGAAAUCCCUUCGAAGAUUUGCAAUUUGAGUUUUCUUUCUGUACUUGACUUGUCUAAUAUCAAGUUGGGUGGAACUAUUCCAGAUUGUCUUGGGACUUUUAGCGACCAACUCUCAGUGGUUAAAUUGAGAACAGUUAAUCUCAACGGUAACCAACUUGAAGGAUUAAUUCUACAGUCAUUAAGUAACUGCCACAGUUUGGAAGUUUUAGAUUUGGGCAACAACAACAUAAAUGAUACAUUUCCUUAUUGGUUAGGUACGCUUCCACAUCUGCAAGUUCUGGUCCCUCGAUCUAAUAGAUUCCACGGUGACAUACAAAAUUUCAAUGGAACAUUUUCCUUCAACAGCCUUCGAAUGAUUGAUCUCUCUCGAAAUGAGUUCACUGGUCACAUCCCACCUAAGCUAUUUGAAAAUUUAAAAUCAAUGAAAGAUAUUUCGGUAGACAAAGGUGGUCCAAAGUACAUGGGAGAAGAUUAUUAUCAUGGCUCUGUAAUUAUGACAUUGAAAGGGUUGGAUUUCAAACUUGAGAGAAUUUUAACUUCAUUCACAGUAAUUGAUUUUUCAAGCAACCAUUUCAAGGGGUCGAUUCCUAAAGAAGUUGGAGAACUUAACUCACUCAUAGUGCUCAACUUCUCGCACAAUAGCUUAGCAGGUAAUAUCCCACCAUCACUUGGAAAAAUGGCAGCACUUGAAUCAUUGAAUCUCUCGUCAAACAAGCUUCAAGGAAGGAUCCCAGUGUUGUUAACUGACUUGACAUUUCUUGGAGCGUUGAAUCUUUCUUAUAACAAUCUUGAGGGGCAGAUACCGUUAGCUAAUCAUUUUGAUACUUUCUCAAACGAUUCCUUCGAUGGCAACCCCGGACUAUGUGGAUUUCCACUGUCAAAGAAAUGUGGCAACAAUCAGGAACCAGAAUCACCUCCAUCAAUAGUUGCGGACGAAUCUGAAACAACACUUGUUUGGAAAAUUGCAGCAAUGGGUUAUGGAAGUGGACUAGUUCUUGGAUUGAGUAUGGGAUACAUAGUUUUCACAACUGGGAGACCCCGUUGGCUAGUGAAGAUGAUCAAGCGAAACCCACAAAAGAGAAGAAGGAUCCAUCGAAAUGGAAGUAGAAAGAAUUAG